UUUGGGGAGAGCCCAGUGCAACAGACCUGUCCACCGGAUACUCAUCCCUGACAGCUCAGCAGACACAUCACCGCGAACCAAAGGAGGGCAGAUUUUGUAUUUUUUGUUGAAUGUCAAAGCUUCUGUUUUUAGUUUAGAGAGAAGACUGUCUCCAGCAUGUUCCUCCUUCUCCUUCCGCUGAGUUUGUGUGGGCUCCUGCUGCCAGCUCACGCUCAGGACCGAGCAUCCCUGUGGAGGAGCAAUGACCGAAGUGGCCGAUGCACUUACACCUUCUCCGUUCCGAGCCCAGCAGAGUCCAGCUGCCCUCAGGCUGGAGGUGCAGAGAUGGACUCCCUGAAGGCAAGACUCAGCAUUCUAGAGGUGCUGGUGUCCCGCAUCACCGGUGGAGAGAAUGAUGGAGGGAAAGCUCAUAGAGAGCUUCAGGAGGCACUGAACCGAGCCGUUGCUGAGAGGAACCAGCUUCAGGGGCAGAAGGGUCGGCUGGAGAGGGAGCUGGAGGGUCUGCAGCAGAGGAUGGAGGAGAUGAAGAGAGAGACCGAGAGACUGCGCAGUAGACCCUGUCCCCCACAGCCCCCAAGCAAUCCCCAGCAGGACGCUGGACGGAUGAGACAGCCUGGAGGCUCCAAUCCCAUGUCCCACCUCAUGACUCGGCCCAACCGACAGGGAGACAGCAGCAGUUUGAGAGCUGACUCUGCGUGGAUUGGAUCUCCAGGCUUCCAGGAGCUGAAGGCUGGAGUGACGGAGGUUCCUGCGCCAGACCGCUCUGAUGACAACACAGGUUGUGGAGUUGUGGCGUCAGUGUCAGAGCCGGUGACUCACAGGAAGGCUGACAACAUCGCCGGGAAGUACGGCGUCUGGAUGCAGGACCCCGAGGCUGUUUCCCCGUAUGGACCAAACAUGGUUUGGCGCAUCGACACAGUGGGCUCAGACGUCAGGCAGAUGUUUGGAUAUGAAGACAUGGAGCAGCUUUCCAAGGGAUUCCCUUCCAAGGUUCUUCUGCUGCCGGAGCCAGUGGAGAGCACUGGGGCCACCCUCUACAGAGGGUCCCUCUACUACCAGAGGAGGCGCAGUCGCACUCUCAUCCGCUACGACUUGGCCUCGGAGAGUGUUGCAGCCCGACGUGACCUCCCCCACGCGGGGUUCCAUGGGCAGUUCCCCUACUCCUGGGGGGGUUACACCGACAUUGACCUGGCUGUGGAUGAGCAGGGGCUGUGGGCCGUCUACUCCACCAGCAAGGCUAAAGGCGCCAUUGUCAUCUCCCAGCUGGACCCUCACAGCCUGGAAGUGAAGAGGAGCUGGGAGACCAACAUCAGGAAGAACUCGGUGGCCAACACCUUCAUCAUCUGCGGCAGGAUGUACGUGGUGGCCAGCUACACUGCUCCCAACACUACGAUCAACUACGUGUACGACACGGCCAGCAGCCAGGGGAAGGCCGUCUCCAUCCCCUUUAGAAACAAGUACCGCUACAACAGCAUGGUGGACUACAGUCCUUCUCAGAAGAAGCUCUUUGGUUGGGACAACUUCCACAUGGUGUCCUAUGACCUGCGGUUCCAGCAGGCCAAGUGAGACCCCCGGAGUGAAGAGACAUUUUCCCCCGCCCCGCUCCUGCUGCACAGACUCAUCUCCAGUGUAGUGAUUCUUCCCUUCCCUGUACCUUGCUUUUGCUGUCCACACUCGUGUUCUUAGAGGAAUUAUUUUUGUACCGCCCUGAUGUCAGAUGUAUGAUUAUGAUGAACCCAGUAUGAUGUUGUAUAAUCAAAAGCCAAAAACAAUGAAAUAAGUCUCACCUGGUGUGCAUUGAAGAAUUGCAUGGACCUAACUGUGAUGUAACUACACGGUGUUCAGUUCAUCUUGGAAUAAAGUUGUGAA